GCGCGCAGUGCCUACGCUGGCAGCGGCGCGGGCGGAGCGCGGCGCCCCGCUCCCGGCCCGGCUCGGCCCGGCUCGGCUCGGCUCGGCUCGCGGCACCAUGGUGGCCAAGCAGCGCAUCCGCAUGGCCAACGAGAAGCACAGCAAGAACAUCACGCAGCGCGGCAACGUCGCCAAGACGUCGCGGACGGCCCCGGAGGAGAAGGCGUCGGUCGGGCCCUGGCUGCUGGCGCUCUUCAUCUUCGUGGUGUGCGGAUCAGCCAUUUUCCAGAUCAUUCAGAGCAUCAGGAUGGGCAUGUGAAGGCGCUCCCCGCAGAGCAGGAGCCUGCGUCCUCCUGAGAGUUGCAAUGAACUCUUCCCCGUGGCCGAUACCCUGAUCAAUCUUAAUUCAUUAUAACAGUUGCUCAAGAACGAUGUUCGCAUUGGCCAUGUGUCAUUCCAGGUCCCUUCACAAGUCAUUCCGAGUUUUCUAGCCCAUACCACAGUGCCUUGAAAAGCACCACAUGUAUAAAGCAAUAAAAUUCUAUUGUUGAUCUACAAUCGUGGACCUACUUAUUCAGCAAAGCAUAUGUUCAUGUUUUAUGUAGAUAUGUUAAACUGUAUGCAAUGUAGAUACUUAGGAGUUGACGCCUGUUGUAAACACCAGUCUUAAGAUCUGUUUAAGCCUCUGUAUAGCUGGAAAUGGUUUUAUUUAAGGUUGAAAGCUAAGAUUUUUAUAGUAGCUGGAGUACAAAUUUAAAGCAUGCUCAUAAUGAAGCAGUUGGGCUGUGCAGCUUUGUGUUGCUUAUUUAACUAGAUCAUCAUCUCUGUAUAUGUAGCUUAGUCUUACUGCAGCAUGUGGCCAUGCAUUAGCACUCAAAUGCUUAUCAUGACUGAAAACUUUAUCCUAUACCUCUUGCAAAGCUGUCCUAAUACAAAAUGCUUGUUUGUAUAGCUUUAGUAGGUGUUACCUAAUUAGACACCAGCAUGACCAAGCAACAACUGUUUCUGACAUAACCUAAUCCUAAAGUUUCACAAACUGUUCUGCAGCUAGGGCAAGAGCUGCUAUUGACGUACUAAACUUCUCCUGGCAGCAGGCUGUAACUGUGCUGUAAAUAUUUCUUGAGCAACUUUCAAACAAGUCAUAGUUUUUAAAUUUUAAGUAUUGCAUGGGGAUGUUUCCUGCAGAUACCCUUCCCGUUCUACCUACUGUUCUGCUUCUGUGUGCAACAUCUGCAGUUUGUGAUGUCUUGGCAAUAUAUAUCCUAAUCCUACUUAAGGUAAAUCCUGCUUUCAGCUCUCUUUCAUCUAAUGUGGAUCCAGUACUUAGCUACUUCCCUGACGGAUGAUAACAGUUCCUUAGUAAGUAAGUCUGUAAAAAAAGCCCUCCUUACAUCUCUGUAAGGACAUGACUUAAAAAUCAGAAUGGAAAAUGCUGCUAUCGAUCAUACUUUAUUGCUGAUGGCCCAGGCUUUGUGAUGGUCCUUUGCUGUCUGUUGCAGUAACUAGAGGCAAUCUUGAGUUGGUCUGCUAUUGUAUGCAGUUGCUAAAGGAAGAUUUCUUUUUUUUUUUCAGAGUUCUUAGUGGAAGGUGACAAUUUUCAAACCUGGUUGCAUUAGAAAUGUUAGAAAAAUAAUCUAUAGAGAGAAUAAUUAAAUGUCUGUAAACUGUGAAGGAACAGAUCUUUUGCUGAUAUUAGUCCUCUUCCCGUUUGAAUUCAUUGGAACUGACGUAAGCCAGCACAGCCAAGAGUGUGCCCUAAAAUCUAGCCAUGAAACUUAACAUACAUUCCUUACUCUUGGAAAUUCAUAUUUUGUAAGUGGUGGGGGAGGUGAAGUAUGUAUAAUCGCUUAUUUUAAAUAAAGUUCUUUUCAAAUGUGA